AUGACGUCAGCGGUGCCGGGAAACGCCGCGGAGGUGACGCAAGCAGGCGGGCAGGCGGCGCGAGCUGCGAGGUUGGAGCUGGUGGAGGUGGGAUCUCCGAAAAAGGCAGCUUCUGGCGAAGCUUCCGCGAACGAAGAGGAGGAGGAGGUGGAGGAAAAAUUAGGUGAGGGCACUGGGACGACGGGAGAUACGAAGAAGGUUUUGGAAAAUGAGUCGGUUCUGAAGCCCCUUGGAGCGGAUGAGAAAGGAACAGGAGUUGAAGAGGCAGCAGCAGCAGCAGCAGCAGUGGGUGGUGGUGCGAUGCCUGGAAAGAGCCAAACGGAGAUGGUUGGUGUUACAGCGGCAAACGGAGGUGGUAACAGGAGCUCAGCCGCUGCUUACCCGCUCAUGCUCCCGUAUCCUUACGCGGAUCCCAGGGCCCUCCCAGUUUCUGCGGCACCUGCUACGGCACCUGAGGAUACACCAGCAGCCCCUGAGGUGACACCGGUGGCACCUGAGGUGGUGACUACAUCACCUGAGACGACAACUGAGGUGGCACCCGCGGCACCUGAGGCAGUUUCCGCGGCACCUGAGGCAGUUUCCGCGGCACCUGAGGCAGUUUCCGCGGCACCUGAGGCAGUUUCCGCGGCACCUGAGGCAGUUACUGCAGCACCUGAGGCAGUUACUGCAGCACCUGAGGCAGUUACUGUGGCACCUGAGGCAGUUACUGUGGCACCUGAGGCGGAUUCUGCGGCACCUGAGGCAAUUCCUGCCGAACCACCUGUAUCUGAACCAUCUGCACCGGAAGCACCUGUAACCAAAGCACCUGUACCCGAAGCAGCUGCUACCAUCCGAACCACCAACACCGAGCCUCCUGAGCUGCCGAGGCAACUGGACGACCCAACCACAGCAACAGUCGCAGCCACCCGCAUCCAAUCCGCAUGGAGAGGCCGCUCCCUCCGCCUCACCAAGCCUCUCGAAGCGGCUCGGACCAUAGCCGAGGUUCGGCGGCUGGCUCGGGAGAUGGCAGAGAGGCUCGGUGAGGAGGGGUAUGCGGCCAAGGUGGCCUCCGAACCAAAGGAGAAGCUUCGGGUGAGUGAGACGAUCAUGAGCUGGUUGCUCCGGUUGGAUGCGCUGCUCUCGCCGAACCAGGAGGUCCGGGAGCUGCGCCGGGGAGUGGUUCGGGAGCUGACAAAGCUGCAGGAUCGGGUAGAUUCUUUGAAGCCCACUGCUAUGGCUGCCGAACUUGUUUCUGUGCCUGCCGAACCUGGUGUGGGAAAAGCUGCUGAACCUACCCCACCCACCUCCACGUCUUCCCAGUCCUACACCGUUCCAGUCCCUGCUGCUGCACCAGAGCAGCCGCCACAGAAGAAGCAGCAGCAGGAGAAGGACCAGUCAUCGUUGCAGCAGCAGCAGCAGCAGCAGCAGCAGCAGCAGAAGCAACAAAUUCUUGCCGAGGAAGACAAUGGGAAGGAAUUGCCAGCCGCUAAGACGGCAGCAGCUGCCAAUCCGCCUGCUAAAACAGGAGGCAAGCCACAGAGCAAGCCGGGUGCGUCGCUUCCUUUCAAGAAAGGCUUUCUGCUUGGUGAACCGACCAAGAAAGCGAAGAAGAGAGCAGAUGCUGAGAGGACAAUCAGCCCCGCGGGCAACUGGGUGGUUGGUGUCAAGGAGGAGAAGGGGAGCAGUGGGAAAGAGGGUGGGGUGAAGAAAGUCGAGGAGAGGAAGGAGGAGAGGGAAGAGAAGGUUAAGGAGGGGAAAAAGGAGGAGAGGAAGGAGGAGAGGGAAGAGAAGGUUAAGGAGGGGAAAAAGGAGGAGAGGAAGGAGGAGAGGGAAGAGAAGGUUAAGGAGGGGAAAAAGGAGGAGAGGAAGGAGGAGAGGGAAGAGAAGGUUAAGGAGGGGAAAAAGGAGGAGAGGAAGGAGGAGAGGGUUCAGACGAAGGAGAAAAUUGCAGAUGGGAGGAAUCAGGUUGAUGAGGGCGUUUUUAAGGGAGGCAAGGGGAAGGAGAGCGAAGAGGGGAGGGGGAGAGAGGAGGCGGAUGCCAAGAAAGGGGGAUUUGGAGCGGACUUCAGUGAUUCACCUAUCUUCCUCCAAUAUCUGCCGCAUCUGCCACCCCUUAAAACCCCUCUCCACCACACCCCAUACCCCCACAGUUCUCGUGCACCCAUCUCCACUCCUCUCUACCUCCACCUUCCCCCAGCAACCCCCCUUGAGACAUCCCCUGCUGCCCCAUUCAGUCACUCCUCUUUCCAGCCCUCGCGUUAUAGUCACAUGGCAUCUCAGCCCAAGGGGGGUGCACCUGGCGUAUCUGAGUUUUCACCUGAGGAAAUCGCCUGGCAAAUGGAGGCUCUGAGGCAGGAGAAUGCACACCUGCGCCGGCUACUGUCCGAGCAGGGGCAGCAGCAGCAGCAGCGGCAGCAGCAGCAGAAGCAUCAGAAACAUGCAACAAGGACUGCUGGGGGAUCUGGUGGAAUUGAGGAGAGGUUGGAUUGUUUAGAGAGGGAGAUGGAGAAAGUGAAGGCUUGGCGUGACUGUGAUUGUAAGGGGGGAUGGGGUGGAUAUGGGAGGGAGCUGGUGGGGUGGUUCCUAGGGGGGCUCUAG